AUGAUCCAUGAUACACCGACGCCGGCUCGGGUUGGUUCGGAUCGCGCGAAGGCGGGGUCCUUGCGGGCAACAACCAGUACACCCCAAGCGGCGCCGCCACCAAUUCAACCCCCUUCACCUCGGAUCCCAGUGCCCGCCGUGUCCUAUUGGGGGGAUCCUUGCGACGGCGAGAUGGCUCCUAUAUCCCAACCACGCGUCCCCAUAAACGCCCGGGUGGGGGUGCCCAUCCGAUCAGAAUCCCCUCAGGGGUUGCCUGACGUCAACGAGCUGGACCGCCUGAGCCCGAGUGCCCCGGGGUCGCCCUCCGAGUCGCAGGCCAACUCGUCGGACACCGAUCACUACCCUGAGGACCCAGCCGAGCAUGACGCAAUGGAGCGUGCACUGCACCCCUUUGCCCGGCCGCCAGCUAAGUCCCCACAGCAGUCAAUCUCCGUGGCCAGCACGGAAAUCGACUCCAAUAAACAGACAGUGCGGGCGGGCGCCAGUCUUGGGCCCGCCGGCUCCGCCGGGAUUUCUCACUGGUUUGGAUUGAAGGGCCUUCCAAUGGAUUGUGAGACCAAGCCUGACCCGCCGGAUUUGAACGAAUUGGAAAAUCAAGGCCAGUCGAACCGAACACUCGAGGCCGGUCGAUCGUCAUCUGGAUCGAUCGACCGUUCGAUUCCUAAGUCUCAAGAACAUAUCAUCGCCGGGGAGAAACCGACUUCAGAGGCACUGGCCGUCGAGAAUGACAGCACUUCCGGCAGAUCGCAGAACAAUACAGGAGCGGGACAACAAGUUCGACCUCGAUGGUGGCCUUCACUAGUCCAAUGGAAUAAGAGGGACUCCACAAGCCGGUACAAACGAAUGGUGGUCCAUCUAUUUCUGGUGGUUGUCUUAUUGGGAUGGUGGAUAUCAGGGCUGGUGUUAAAAAGAACCAGGCAUAAAUGGGUGGUGACGACUUUUUGGACUUGGUUAUUCCUAUUAAUAAUUUUCUUUCGAUGGGUACCAACAAAAUAUAUCGGCAGACCAAUUGGGAAUGCUUACAUGACCUUAAUCGGAAACCCUGUCAUGAAGUUUACAAACCAAAAGGUCCGACUAUCGAUUGGCUGGCUGAUUUUGCUCGGUCUGUGGCUUGCCAGCACAUUUGGAAUCAAGUUGGGUCCAGGAAACAGCUAUACCGAUCGCGUGAGAUCUCUAGUCGGUGUGAUUAUAUUUCAGCUUGGCUUUUGGGCGUCAUCUAAGAAUAGGAGUUUGAUUCGCUGGAGAACUGUCAUAGUCGGGUUGAUUGUUCAACAGCUUUUAGCUCUGUUGGUACUCAAAUCUAAGGCCGGGUAUGAUUUCUUUAACUGGAUUGCUAAAGCAGCAACGGACAUCUUAGACCAAGGCACGAAAGCCGGCGGGUUUUUCUUCUCGCCUCAGGUGGUCGAAAGCCAUUGGUUUUUUGUGAACACAUUGGCUGCGAUAAUCUUCUUCAUAGCGCUUGUCCAACUUCUUUACUAUUUCGGGAUCAUGCAGGCUGUUAUGGUGAAAUUUGCCUGGGUGUUUUACACCUUGAUGGGGGUUAGUGGUGUUGAAGCUGUGGUUGCGGCCGCUUCACCGUUUGUUGGUCAGGGGGAAAGUGUUAUCAUGAUUCGGCCGUUCGCCGCACAGAUGACUCCUGCUGAGAUUCAUCAAGUAAUGGCCUCAGGCUUUUCAACGAUAGCAGGAUCUGUUCUGACGGCCUAUGUUGCCAUGGGGAUCCCAGCGGUUUAUCUGAUCAGCGCGUCAAUCAUGAGCAUACCUGCUUCCUUGGCGAUCAGUAAGCUGAGAUUCCCGGAAGAUGGCCAACCGCUCACCGCUGGCGAAGUCAGAAUUCCUGAAGAUGAACAAAUCAAUCGUAAGGACAGCAAUGCACUGAUGACGUUUUCGGAUGGGGCUUGGCUUGGUCUUAGAGUGGCCGGAAUGAUACUGGCCAACCUUCUAACAAUUCUUGCACUUUUGUAUACCGUCGAUGGCCUGUUAACCUGGAUCGGACAAUUUUGGGGAAUGGAUCCGAAUGGCACGUAUCCACUGACCCUCGAAUUGAUAUUGCAAUACUUACUUUAUCCAGUUGCUUGGCUCAUGGGCACACCCAACCAAGACGUUUUGAAAGUCUCGAGGCUUUUGGCUUUGAAAUUGAUCACCAAUGAAUUUGUUGCUUAUCAAGAGUUGUCCAAGUUGCGAGCCGAAAUGAGCGAGAGGGGCAUCAUCAUUGCAAUCUACGGUUUGUGCGGAUUCGCGAAUCUAGGCAGCAUGGGAAUCCAAAUUGGAGUCUUGAAUAGUCUAGUACCUUCAAAAAGACAUGUGAUCAGUCAGGUCGCGAUCUCUGCAUUACUCUGUGGAUUUUUUUCGACGAUUCAGACGGCGGAAAUUCGUAACCUGUUGUAG